UAAGUCUCGCUUACUAUAGUUACUACCACUUACCAAACCCUCAUUUGUUUUCCCCCUUUUUUUUUCUGAUACAUCUCAAAGCUACAUCAACAUUCAGCAAACAGAUCCACUGAGAAAAGAUUGCUGCAACUUUGGUUGGAGGUGCAUUUCUAUCUGCUUCUGUUCAAACCAUACUUGACAAACUAUCUUCAACCGAGUUUCGUGAUUUCAUCAACAAUAAGAAGUUGAAUGUCUCACUCUUGAAGCAGUUACAAACAACGUUGCUGGUUCUACAAGCUGUGCUGGAUGAUGCAGAGGAGAAGUAGAUCAACAACCGUGCUGUCAAACAAUGGCUUGAUGACUUGAAAGAUGCUGUCUUUGAUGCCGAGGAUUUGCUGAAUCAAAUUAGUUAUGAAUCACUGCGAUGCAAGGUGGAGAAUACACAAUCCACAAACAAAACUAGUCAGGUGUGGAGCUUCCUUUCUUCUCCUUUUAACACCUUCUAUAGAGAGAUCAAUUCCCAAAUGAAGAUCAUGUGUGAUAGCUUGCAACUUUUCGCACAACAUAAAGAUAUCCUUGGUUUGCAAAGUAAAAUUGGUAAAGUUUCUCGUAGAACCCCUUCAAGUUCAGUAGUUAAUGCAUCUGUCAUGGUUGGUAGAAAUGAUGAUAAAGAGACAAUAAUGAACAUGUUGCUAUCAGAGAGUAGCACUGGCAAUAACAAUAUAGGCGUUGUUGCAAUUUUAGGUAUGGGAGGUGUCGGUAAAACGACACUUGCACAACUUGUUUACAAUAAUGAAAAAGUUCAAGAUCAUUUUGAUUUCAAAGCAUGGGCUUGUGUAUCUGAGGAUUUUGAUAUUUUAUCUGUAACUAAAACUCUUCUUGAAUCUGUCACUUCAAGAGCUUGGGAAACCAAUAAUCUUGAUUUUCUUCGAGUUGAACUAAAGAAAACUUUGAGCGACAAAAGAUUUUUGUUUGUGUUGGAUGACCUUUGGAAUGACAAUUAUAAUGAUUGGGAUGAACUUGUAACUCCUUUGAUUAAUGGAAACAGUGGAAGCAGGGUCAUCGUCACAACACGCCAACAAAAAGUUGCAGAGGUUGCACAUACAUUUCCUAUUCAUAAAUUAGAAGUUUUAUCUAAUGAAGAUACAUGGUCUUUACUCUCAAAGCAUGCAUUUGGAAGUGAAAACUUUUGUGACAAUAAAGGCUCAAACCUAGAAGCAAUUGGUAGACAGAUUGCAAGAAAGUGUGCUGGGUUGCCCAUAGCUGCAAAAACACUUGGAGGAGUAUUGCGUUCGAAAAGAGAUGCCAAAGAGUGGACUGAAGUUUUGAACAACAAAAUAUGGAACUUACCAAAUGACAAUGUUUUACCUGCAUUGCUUCUGAGUUAUCAAUAUCUUCCCUCCCAAUUGAAAAGAUGUUUUUCAUAUUGUUCCAUUUUUCCAAAGGACUAUACACUUGAUAGGAAGCAAUUGGUUUUGUUGUGGAUGGCAGAAGGCUUCCUUGAUUAUUCUCAGGACGAAAAAGCCAUGGAAGAAGUAGGUGAUGAUUGUUUUGCUGAAUUGUUAUCCAGAUCAUUAAUUCAACAACUACAUGUUGGUACCAGAAAACAAAAGUUUGUCAUGCAUGACCUUGUUAAUGAUUUAGCUACAAUCGUAUCUGGGAAAACUUGUUAUAGGGUUGAAUUUGGUGGUGAUACCUCCAAGAAUGUUCGUCAUUGCUCAUAUAGUCAAGAAGAGUAUGACAUUGUGAAGAAGUUUAAAAUUUUCUACAAAUUCAAAUGCUUGAGAACCUACCUACCCUGUUGCUCUUGGAGGAAUUUUAAUUACUUAUCUAAAAAGGUGGUUGAUGAUUUGCUACCCACAUUUGGAAGGUUGCGUGUGUUGUCGUUAUCAAGAUAUACUAACAUCACUGUACUACCUGAUUCAAUUGGAAGUUUGGUGCAGUUGCGCUAUCUAGAUCUAUCUUACACUGAAAUCAAAAGCUUGCCUGAUACAAUAUGCAACCUCUACUACUUGCAAACCUUGAUUUUAUCAUAUUGCUUUAAAUUCAUUGAAUUGCCAGAACAUAUUGGAAAGUUAAUUAAUUUACGUCACCUUGAUAUCCAUUACACAAGAAUAACAGAGAUGCCAAAGCAAAUUAUUGAACUAGAAAAUCUUCAAACUUUAACUGUUUUCAUAGUAGGCAAGAAAAAUGUUGGUUUAAGUGUUAGAGAGCUUGCAAGGUUUCCAAAGCUACAGGGGAAGUUAUUUAUCAAGAACCUUCAGAACAUCAUUGAUGUUGUGGAGGCAUAUGAUGCUGACUUAAAGAGCAAAGAACAUAUUGAAGAAUUAACGCUACAGUGGGGCAUGGAAACUGAUGACUCACUUAAGGAGAAAGAUGUGCUUGAUAUGUUGAUACCCCCGGUAAACCUAAACAGAUUGAACAUUGACUUGUAUGGUGGGACAAGCUUUCCAAGUUGGUUGGGAGAUUCUUCAUUUUCUAACAUGGUGUCACUUAGCAUAGAAAAUUGUGGAUAUUGUGUAACACUUCCACCACUAGGACAACUAUCUGCUCUCAAGAACCUAAGUAUAAGAGGUAUGUCAAUAUUGGAGACAAUUGGUCCAGAGUUCUAUGGCAUUGUUGGAGGAGGAUCCAAUUCUUCAUUUCAACCUUUUCCAUCCCUUAAGAAUUUAUACUUUGAUAACAUGCCAAAUUGGAAGAAAUGGCUUCCCUUUCAAGAUGGCAUGUUUCCUUUUCCUUGUCUUAAAACUCUGAUUUUAUAUAACUGUCCUGAACUGAGGGGAAAUUUGCCUAACCAUCUUUCUUCCAUAGAAACAUUUGUAUAUAAAGGUUGUCCUCGUCUUUUGGAAUCACCACCUACUCUUGAAUGGCCCUCAAUAAAAGCUAUAGAUAUUUCGGGAGAUUUACAUUCUACAAAUAAUCAAUGGCCGUUUGUUCAGAGUGAUUUGCCUUGUCUUCUGCAAUCGGUAUCAGUAUGUUUCUUUGAUACAAUGUUCUCCCUUCCCCAAAUGAUUUUGAGCAGCACAUGUCUUCGAUUCUUGAAACUCGAUAGCAUUCCGUCUUUAACUGCAUUUCCAAGGGAAGGUCUACCCACUUCUUUGCAGGAACUUCUUAUUUAUAAUUGCGAGAAGUUAUCAUUCAUGCCUCCGGAAACGUGGAGCAAUUACACGUCGCUUUUGGAGUUGACUUUAGUCAGCAGCUGUGGCUCACUUUCCUCCUUCCCAUUGGAUGGUUUUCCUAAGCUCCAAGAGCUUUACAUUGAUGGUUGUACUGGUCUGGAAUCCAUUUUUAUUUCAGAAAGUUCUUCCUAUCACUCCUCAACCCUCCAAGAACUUAACGUACGUUCCUGUAAGGCCCUUAUAUCACUACCUCAACGGAUGGACACCCUCACCGCUCUUGAAAGAUUGUAUCUCCACCAUCUUCCAAAACUAGAGUUUGCACUAUAUGAAGGAGUUUUCUUACCUCCCAAAUUACAAACAAUUUCUAUUACAUCUGUGAGAAUAACAAAGAUGCCGCCAUUAAUUGAAUGGGGUUUCCAAAGCCUUACUUAUCUUUCAAAUUUGUAUAUUAAAGAUAAUGAUGAUGUUGUUCACACCUUGUUGAAGGAGCAAUUGCUUCCCACUUCCUUGGUGUUUCUGUCAAUAAGUAAACUCUCUGAAGUGAAAUGCUUAGGUGGAAAUGGGCUUCGACACCUCUCCUCUCUGGAAACACUUUAGUUUUCGAAAUGUCAAAGGCUUGAGUCAUUUCCAGAACACAGUCUCCCUUCCUCUCUAAAGUUACUGAGCAUUUCUAAAUGCCCUGUUUUAGAAGAAAGGUAUGAAAGUGAGAGAGGGGGGAAUUGGUCCGAAAUUUCUCAUAUCCCUGUGAUAAAAAUAAAUGACAAAGUGACAAUAUGAAUAAUGGGAAUGGAAGGAGGCGUGCCACCUUGUUUCAGAUUGAAGAGAUCAAGUGACUAUUUUUCGCUAUCAGAACAUGUGAUCCCAUCAUAUCUUCAGUUUCGCAAGCAUUAUAAAAGAGAAAGGAACUUCGGAACACAACAUUGAGGCAUAGGUUGCUUGUUGAUGUUCAUCUCAAGAGUUUUGGCAUAUUGAACUGUGAAAGAUCUAAAUUGGAACCUCGUCGUAGCAGUGAUUUUUCAGGCAGGCAGUCAAGUUUGUUCCGCAAUUCCUGAUCUACCAUUUGACCGACCCCAUUUUUUUCGACACUGAAUGGAAUAUCAACGCAGUGCUGGAUAACAAAUCGCGCAAGUUUAAGACUAUAAUUACCGCACCUAACAAGGUGCAGUACACCACCAAAACAACUAAGCUUAAGGAGGCAUCCUAUUAUGCUUUCAAUCGGAACCUCGAGGGUGGUGAGUCCCAAAUCAGGAAAAUCAGUGAGGUUCUGAAGAAGAUAACCGAGGCUGUGAAGGUUGCUGAGAGUGAAUUAGGUGAUUCUAAACUUGUGCUGGAGAUGAAACUGCUAUCUUCUCGUCAAGAGAAACUCAAUUCACUACAUAUCGAACUCAAAGACUUGAAUAUCAAGAUUUAUGAUGAAAAAAAGAAACAGGACACUUGUGGUGAUUCUUCUUCUUGAAUAAGAGUUUUGCAAAUUUGUCAACUAACAUUGAUAAUUUAAGUGAGAACAGAAAAAUGAUAUAAACUUUGUUUGCUCCUAACUCCCUUUGGUUGACAAUGUGGUAUUGGUUUGUUUAGCUAAGCUACUUAGAGUUUGUUUAGAUUAAGGUUGUGUGUCGAUUAAUUGAUUUUAAGAGUUCACGGCUUGUAUAGGCAUGUUCAUGUAUACAAACUUCAAAAAACAUGGAAAAUUGUCACGUUGAAAACAUGAAUAUAGAAACAAGUGGGUCAAAGGUGCUUAUACGUUUGUGUUGAGUGACUCAAGUUUAGACUAAAAACACGCAUAAUUGGGUCCACUUGGGACAUGCCUUGAAGUAGAAGAUAGAUCAAUGAGACUUGUCAUGCUCGUGUUCUUACUAAAAUUAGCAACAAAAAAUAAACACUAUACAAACUGCAUUGUAAAUUA